AUGGCAACCUUUUCGACCAUCAAUCUCUGGGUGCUGUUGUGCACCUUUGGUGCGCUUGUCUAUCCUACCCCGGCACAAGAGCCGUACAGAAGCGCGAACCAGACACCCGAGUCUGACAACACUACCUGUCCGGCAGCGGACGUUAAACCACAAAACUGUUGCCACAGUUUCCUCGGGCUGCAUAACGCCAUUAUUGACUGCUUGUCGAAGCCGAUUUCCGGUGCCUCCUGUAUCGGACACUGCCUGUUGCUAAACAUUCGGGCGCAGAAAAUUCUCACCGGCAUGUCACUAACGGUUUCCAGCUUGAUUGCCGUCGGUCCUAAGCUGAUCGGACAUUACGAGCAAUGCAAUAGCCAUCUGUUUGAAUUCGCCAUGGGUAAUGCGUUUGAUGGUGACUUCCGGCGCAUAGUGUGCGAUGAGCGUUUGGAGAAGUUCUUCGAGUGCAUGGUGAAGACAUGGUUGCUGGACUGCAUUGGAUACGACGACUCCAAUGAGAAGUGCGUUGAAUUACAGAAGAAGGUCAAAUCUUCCGAAUGCAGCGUGAGAUCGUUCUUCCUCAACAUCGGCACCCAGUAG